CGUGUCUGCGCGGCCACGCUGAAUCCGCGGUCACGAUGUGUGGUCUGCACGCUGCAGGGAACCAGCUGCAAACCGAGGAGCGGCAGCGCGGUGCUGCAGUGAGCGGAGCCGGCGGAGCAGCGCCCCAACCGCCCGCUGCCCUUUAAACCAGGACCUGCUUGAUGAAUCCAAUCCAGUGUGGCAACUGCAUGUGGAAAGGCAGCAUUUUGGGACUUGCAGAGGAAUCAACAAGCUCCUGUGGAGGAUGGUGACAUAUGGAUGUGGACUCUGGAUCUCAGGUGAUUCUUCAAAAUAUUACUUGAAACAGCAAGAGUGAGGAAAGGAAGAGACACUCAACAGAGAGCCCCAGCAGACGUCUGUUAUUCCAGGGACAUGCUCCCAGUUUGGGGAUGGAACAAAAGGAAUCUGUGUUUGACCGUGGGAGCACCAGGAAAUGGAGAGGCAUCAUGUUAUUUUUGACUGAGAAAUAACUAACAUUUUGAAAUAUUUAAAUUCAUCCAUGGCCUACAGAUGAAUUUAUACUCUGCCGCAUGUGAUGCUGGGGGUCUAUUUCCCGAGUGUACCCACCUCCUCUGCGGACUCAACUGCUUCUCAUGUUAAGGAACUUUAGAAAUAAAUUCAGCAUGUCAUUCAGUGACCUUCUGGGCGAUGAGGAAGUCACCAGUAUGAGCCACCGUGGAGAAAUGUCGGACAUUAAGACGCAAGUUGGAAGAGGAUGUGUGAAAGACUGGUUUUCCCAAACGACAACAGUCUACUGCAGACAGCGAGUAUCUGUCUGUUUGUCUUUCCCCCUCAUCUCUAUGGUCCUACUACUCCUCUCCCUGGUUACACCCGCUCUGUCCAUUCACAUGGAGUCUGUAGAGAGCCACAGUGAGUUCAGCUGUGAGCCCAUCAAGCUGAGAAUGUGCCAGGAUCUGCCUUACAACACCACCUUCAUGCCCAAUCUACUGAACCACUAUGACCAGCAGACGGCCGCUCUGGCCAUGGAGCCUUUUCAUCCCAUGGUAAACCUAGUGUGCAGCGCUGACCUGAGGAUGUUCCUGUGUGCCCUCGGCCCGGUGUGCACGGUCUACGGCCAGGUGUCCAUGCCAUGUCGAUCUCUCUGCCAGCGCGAAGACGAGUGCCACAAACUCAUGGAGAUAUUUGGAGUAGCCUGGCCAGACGACAUGCAAUGUAGCAGGUUCCCGGAUUGUGAUGAGCCAUAUCCUCGUGCAGAGGACCUGCUAACAGGUUCUGACCCCACUGACCAGUCAUCCAUGACUGUGCAGAGAGAAUACGGUUUCUGGUGCCCCAGAGAGCUCAAAGUUGACCCUGAACUGGGUUACUCUUUCAUGGGCAAGAAGGACUGUUCUGCUCCAUGUCCCUCAAUGUUCUUCAACCAGCAGGAGCUGACCUUUACCCGAUACUUCAUAGGCGUCGUCUCCAUCGUCUGUCUGUCCGCAACGCUCUUCACCUUUCUGACAUUUCUCAUUGAUGUUACCAGGUUUCGAUACCCUGAGCGUCCAAUAAUCUUCUACGCUGUGUGUUAUGUCAUGGUGUCGCUGGUGUUUUUCCUUGGUUUCCUGUUGGAAGACAGAGUUGCCUGCAAUGCAGUCAGCCCUUCUCAGUUUAGAGCUUCAACCAUAACACAGGGUUCACACAACAAGGUGUGCACCCUCUUCUUCAUGGUCCUGUAUUUCUUCACCAUGGCUGGCAGCUUGUGGUGGGUCAUACUGACGAUCACUUGGUUCCUGGCCGCUGUGCCUAAAUGGGGGAGGGAGGCCAUCGAGAAGAAAGCCCUCCUCUUCCAUGCUGUUGCCUGGGGGCUCCCAGGGGCCCUGACUGUCACCUUGUUGGCCCUGAACAAAAUUGAAGGAGAUGGGAUCAGUGGAGUGUGUUUCAUAGGCCUGUAUGAUAUAGACGCCCUGCGGUGGUUUGUUCUGGCACCGCUCUGCCUCAAUGUGGCGGUGGGCGUCUCUCUCCUGUUAGUGGGCAUUGUUGCUCUGAAUCGGGUGCGCAUGGAAAUCCCUUUGGAGAAGGAAAACCAGACCAAACUAGUCAAGUUUAUGAUCCGAAUGGGAGUGUUCUCGGUGCUCUACCUUGUCCCCCUGUUGACUGUGAUUGGGUGCUACCUGUAUGAACACACCUACCGAAACAUUUGGGAGAAAACAUGGAUGGAGGAGAACUGCAAGCACUAUCACAUCCCCUGCCCAUACAAGGUGGAGCAGAGCAGUCGACCGCUCAUGGUUUUGUUCCUGAUGAAAUACCUGAUGAUGCUGGUGGUGGGGAUUCCUGUGUUCUGGGUGGGCAGUAAGAAGACCUGUUUCGAUGGGCCAGCUUCCUGCACGGGCAGACGCAAAGACAGUGGGGUGAACGAGUCUCGCCAGGUUCUGCAGGAGCAGCCCGACAUUGCUCAGUCUCUGCUGCGUGAACCCAACACCCCUGUUAUUAGGAAGUCUAGAGGAACAUCCACUCAGGGCACCUCCACCCACGCCUCCUCCACUCACUUAGCUGUCCUGGACGACCUUGACGAGCCGGUCAGAACUCACCACGGCCACCCUGCCUCCACCAGAAGUAAAGCCAGCAGCGUUCACAGCAAGGCCAGCUACCACGGCAGCCUGCGCCGCACCCGAGACGACAGGAGCGAUGCGCUGGUUUACCGAGGUACAGAGGAACGCAGUUUCCAUGGCAGCAUGCCACGUCUUGACCACCCGCUUUCCACUCACAGCAGCCUCCAUCAUAUAGAGAGCAACUCACGGCACGGCAGCCAGCGAGACGUGUCUGAAGCCCUGUCUACCCUCAUCACCCACGGAACCACGGCGAGUAUCAGUCGAGUUGCUGAGAAUGACGGCACUAGUGCCUGAAAACAAUCACAAACUUUACAGGAAAUCAUUGCCAGGACGCUGUCUGUCUUUCAAAGAAGAUUUGCUGUCAGCAGAACCACACUGCAGUGUCUGUCAAGAUGGAGGAUGUACCAGUGUGUGCUGUGGUGGUGAAUUUUAGUUUCAGUUUAUCGCUGGACGGUCGUUAGCUGUGCAGCUACUGGAGAACACAGGUUUAAGCUGGACAGGUAUGUUUACAUAUUUGAGUUGACAAAGCAGUUGACUCCUGACUGCUCAACUCAAACUGCUGAACCAACAAGAUAAAUCCACCUCCUCAGACUUAAGUGACAUCUGUGAGACUCAAGAUGUUAUUCAGGUAAAGUUUCAGUAUCUCGUGAUAAACAAUGGUGACAGUUUGGUGCAGGUUUACUCUGAAAGAUUCAUCUUGGAUUUAGAGGUUGGACACCAGAACAUUGUGACACGCCUCUACUUCCAAAUAAGGAUCUUGAAUCAUCUUGCAGGAUUUACAGGAAUAUUGUUAAAUAUGUGAACUGUGCCGAGUAUUGCUUUUGUAACAAUCUGCAUUGGUUUGUCGUCUCACAUGAAACUUGACUGAUUUCAGUCAGAUCUAAUUAUUCCAUGUUUUUGUUUCUUAGACUGCAGCUCUUAAUGAUGAUGUUUAUCUUUGUGUGGCUUCAGAGUCAAUGAAUAUGGGCCUCAUGUGACAUUUUGGACCUUUUUGUGGAUUAGUGAGAUAUUUUUAUACUGUGAAAAUCAUCUGUGUGGUGCUGAAUGCUUCUCAGUGACAGUGUGUGAGUGCGUGUGUGUGUGUGUGUGUGUGUGUGUGUGUGUGUGAGUGCGUGUGUAUGUGAGAUUGAGUAAGAAAUAAAGACACAAGUGGUUAAAUGUGUUUUUAAACUUCAGGCACUCCCUCUGAUCUAAACAGAGAAAACAUGAUGGAGGGAACUGAACCCAGUUUGUUAAAGGGUUGUCUUCAGAACCAGGAAGAUGAAUGAACUGGAAUAAUGCUUGUGCACUUACUUAACAUGCACAGAGGUUAUUCUUUAUUAUUAAAUCAUUUCAGCACUGGACCUUCUGCAGAGAGGCAUCAGCUUUGCAAGGGAAGACAGGUCGGCUUUAGAAACAAACAAGAGAAUAAUUCACACAACCAAUGCUUAUUUCAUUUGCUGUCAACCAGCCAAUCUUGUUAAUAAAAUCUAAAUGGAAGAAGCCAAAUAAGAGUCAUUACAAAGUCUAAAAGCCUCAAAAUCGCGUAACAAUCUAAACAUCAACAACCUCUGUCUGAUUCAGGAAGUCGUUUAUCACUGCAUUCAAGUCUAACGGCUGUAUAGACUGAAGUGUAAUUUCAAAAUGGAAACCAAUGACAGUGCUUUUAUUUUUAAAUCUGUUAACAUCCUCAUGGCAGAAUGGUUGUUUGUUUCUUUUUUUUCCCUAAUGCCACUUUUACUAGUUGCAUUGAUGUGACCUAACCUGCUUCUGUACAUGCUCUUUGGUCACGUGUGCUUGCAUUGUUCAAACUUACAGAAACAUUCAGUCAUCAGACUCGAUAUGUUCUCUGACAUUUAAUGUUGUAGGAAGUUAAAUGUAUAAUAUCACUGUCUCUCUCAUUUGUUUUUUGUUCCACAAUCCCUCAAGUUAACCUACCUCACCUCUACCUUCAGCCUUCUCUGUACCUGGGUGUACACACGCACACGUUAUUGAGUAUUUUAAGUAAAAAUGCCUAUUUCUGAAGAAUCUGAAAGGCUCUAAAAUGAUACACAAACCAAACAGACUUUCAGUGACUCAUGGGUUCUGUUUUAAGUCUCACACACACACACACACACACUAGGAUCAGUAGCUAACUCCAUCCCACAGUUAGCUAUGUGUUUUUUUACUUGCUGACUCUGGCCUUUCACUGCUGCCUCUCUCCUUCCGUCUCUCUUCUCACGUUCACUCGUCUGCCUGCGUCUCUGUUGUACAUAGAUCUUCUGUCCUCUGUGGUGACUAAUCGGCCUCACACCUGCCUCCUGCCUCUCCCCCUGUAAAUGUGCCCACACUAAUCUUUUUUUGGGACCUACACAAUCUGCCUGUACUGUUGCAAGUCUUGACUACUGACAAACAUUAACCAUUGUGCUUUUACAACAAGAGAUGCUAUGAAACAUCUCAUUCUUCUCAUCAGUCCCACAACCAGACAUUUCUGAGGAAGCUGUUAUCAUCUUCAUCCUCAUCAUCAUCAUUACAGUGCUUCACAGUGAACUGGAGUAGCUUGAAAAUAUGGCACAUUAGCAAUGAUGGUUUAAAAACAGAUCAAUAUUGAGAAGUGUGAAACUUGGGAUGUAUUUGCCUUGUAAUUUAUUUGCAGUUUGGGACUGUAAUGACUUGUUUUACAUGCAGUCUAAUAAACAUUUUAUAAACUUCA